ACUGACACAACACCACAGCUUCUUUAGAAACCUACCCCCUAUGUCAAUAUGUUAGCCGGUCAAUGAAUUGGCUAGUCAGCCAUUGAGUCAGACAGUCAUUCAGGUAGUCUUUCCUCAUUUUUUCAGUUCUUUGCUACUUAUUUAUUUCUUUUUGUUUUUGUCUCUGCUUGUUCAUUCAUCCAUGGGGCUAUACAUUGAUCAAUCAUUUGGUCAUCCCUUUCCUUUGUUCAUAAACAUAAACAUAAAAAUUCAAACACUCAUCUAAACCAAACUUUACUCAAACAAACUGCAAUCAGUCAAUAAAUUAAACAUCAAUUUGUUCUGCAAUCAAUCUGUUAUCUCUUAUUUUUAAUCAUUAUUCUUGUAGACAUUGGUGGCAGUAUAAGAAUGCCGUCCUUUUUCACUGGAAUAUUUGGACACAAGCCUAGUCCAGACAUUGUACCCAAUGCUGGUCAGUUUCCUGAUGCAUCAGGUAACAGACAGCAGUUCUUGUGCACUGGGCCUAUGUGCCGAUAUGCAGAGGACCUCAAACCUCUUCUGACGGUUAUGGCGGGAGAUCAAGGAGCAUCAAAAUUGAAUCUUGCAAGGGAUGUAGAUGUUACAAAGCUGAGAUAUUUUAGC